UCUCUCUCUCUCUGUCUCUCUAUCCUCUGAAGGAGUUGUGUUAGUUCCCUUUCUAAGGGUUCCAUGGAGAUGGGGGAAGCUCUAACUAAAGAACAAAUGGAUGAGCUUAGAGAAGCUUUUCUUUUGUUUGAUAAAAACAGAGAUGGUUGCAUCACACUCGAUGAACUUAGAACAGAGAUCAAAAAAUUGGGUCAAAAUCCCACGGAGGAAGAGCUGAAGGACAUGAUCAGAGAAGUCGAUGCCGAUGGCAAUGGAACCAUCGAGUUCUGGGAGUUUCAGAUAUUGAUGUCCAAGAUCAUGAAGGAAGAAACAGAGCAGAAGCUCAAAGAUGCCUUCAAGGUGUUUGAUAAAAAUCAAGAUGGGUAUAUAUCAGCAAAUGAGUUGAGGCAUGUUCAUCUGAUGCUGAAUCUGGGGGAGAAGUUAACAGAAGAGGAAGUUCUUGAGAUUAUCAGAGAGGCUGAUUUGAAUGGUGAUGGCCAAGUCGAUUACCCUGAGUUCGUCAAGAUCAUGACUGAACAUGCCUCAGAAAUCCUAUCAAAACGAGGCUUUUUCUAAUGAUAAUAUGAUAACCAAAGAAAGAAAGGUAACCCUUGUUUGAUUUGUAUAUUAGUAUUUGAGUUCAUGUCAACUUGGAAGCUAUAGGAGUUUAUGGUUUAAAUACAAAGAAAUGAUAUUGAUGU